AUGGGCCUCUUCUUUCGUUUAUUCGUCUUGGCGUUGCUGCUCGAUCGAAUAGCCACGUUCUAUGUGCCCGGCGUGGCUCCUGUCGAAUUUGCUGAGAGAGACUCCAUCGAAGUCAAGGGCAUUAAACUGACGUCGACGAAGACCGUGAUCCCAUACGAGUACUACGCGUUGCCGUUUUGUCGACCCAAAGGAAAAUUGCACUACAACAGCGAGAACAUUGGCGAAUUGUUGAGGGGAGAUCGCAUUGUGAAUACACCGUUGGAGUUUAAAAUGGCAGUCAACGUGAGCUGUGCGUCGUCGUGCGUCGACUCAACGGAAAUCACGCUCACAAAAGAGCAAUCCGCCGAGUUGAUGUCACGGAUCCGAGAGGAUUACCACGUACAUUUACUUGUCGACAAUUUGCCCGUUUCAACGCGCCUGGAAUUGCGGGGAAAUGAUGAGUCGGCGGUUCCGGAAAUCUACUAUGACAUUGGAUACAAAUUGGGAACAAUUGGUGAUAAGGGAGAGGUCAUUUUGCAUAAUCAUCUCGACUUUGUGCUAAAGUAUCACAAACAAGCGGGACCGGAUGGAGUGAAAUAUCGAGUGGUCGGCUUUGAGGUACACCCGAGGAGCAUCGACGCUUCGAAAUUCGGGGAUGAUAGUACGUGUGUCGACGACCACAACGCAAAGCCCCUUAUUUUGAAGGACACGGAGGACAAGAAGAGCUUUCAUUGGACCUACACAUUGCACUGGGAACAAUCGGACAUUCCGUGGGCUUCUCGUUGGGAUGUGCUCUUGUCGAUCAAAGGAACGGACAUUCAUUGGUUCUCCAUUCUCAACUCGAUCAUCGUCAUCAUCUCGUUGUCUGGAUUCCUCUCGAUCAGCAUUGUGCGCACUCUGCGACGCGAUAUCACUCAAUACAAUCGGCUGGAAGAAGAGGAUGACACUCUUGAGGAAACCGGAUGGAAAUUAGUGCACGGAGAUGUGUUCAGACCGCCUCGACAUCAGAUGAUUCUUGUGAACAUGGUCGGAACGGGCAUUCAGCUGAUUGGAAUGGCCGCCGUGACCAUUGCUUGUGCCACUCUCGGAAUGUUGUCUCCAUCGUCGCGUGGUUCGCUCACAUCGGCUAGCCUUGUUCUCUACUGUUUGAUGGGUCUUUUUGCCGGAUACCAUGCGGGCCGUUUGUACAAGACAAUGAAAGGAAGAAAUCCAAUUCGAUGUGCUGUUCAAACCGGUUUCCUGUUUCCGUCGAUGAUUUUGGGCGGUGGCUUCAUCAUCAAUUUCUUCCUGAUCUCAAAGAAUUCUUCUGGAGCUGUUCCAUUCGGCACGAUGGUGGUGCUGUUGUUGAUGUGGUUCGGAAUCGAUCUCCCGCUCGUGUUCAUCGGUUUCUACUUCGGAUAUCGGAAACAUGGUUACACUCAUCCAGUUCGCACGAAUCAAAUCCCUCGACAAGUGCCCGAGCAACCAUGGUUCCUCCAAUCUCUGCCAGCCACGCUUCUCGCCGGAAUUCUACCAUUUGGCGCCAUGUUCAUCGAGUUGUUUUUCAUCUUUUCGGCUCUAUGGGAGAAUCAAUUCUAUUACCUCUUCGGCUUCCUCAUGAUCGUUUCGGUGAUUUUGGCCAUCUCGACCGCUCAAAUCAGCAUCGUGGCCACGUACUUUCAAUUGUGCGCUGAGAACUAUCGUUGGUGGUGGCGCUCAUUCUACAUCAGCGCUGGAUCGGCUAUCUAUGUGAUGCUCUAUGCGCUGUUCUACUAUUACACCAAGUUGAACAUUGUCGGAUUUGUGCCCACCGUGCUCUAUUUCAGUUAUAGUUUCCUCAUGGCGCUCACUCUGUGGUUUAUGACGGGGACGAUCGGUUUCUACGCGGCCUACUAUUUCCUGUGCAAAAUCUAUGGCUCGAUCAAGAUUGAC